CGAUCGCCCCGGUAAAUCGUGAUAACGUACGACCGCGUUAGUCGUCGCGGGAGUCGCGCGCGGUCACCGCGGGAUAAAUACGUCUCACCGGUUAAGGGAAAUCGCAUCCGAUGCCGGGAACCUCUCGGCGCAAUCGCACGUGCCCCGACGAUGGAACGGGCAGGCGCCACCGUGCCAGGAUUUCCGAGCUUUUUCCCAUCCUCCGCGAGGAGCGAAAUUCAGUGCUCGGCCCGCAACCGUGUCGCACCGCUCCCGAUCGCUUCGACGCUCCGUGCGAUCGCGGUUGGGUCGCGUGGAGAGACGCGCGAGCGUGUGUUUGUGUGUGUGUGUGUAUGUGUGCGCGCGAUCGUUAGCGAUCGUCAUUCAAUUCAAGUGAUCUUCGUAGAUCUUGCGCGAUGUAAUUUUUAUUAACAACGAUAAUUUCCAAAAUAAUUUCCCGAUAGUUUUAAGAGCGUGAGAGACCGGCCGAUUAUGCUCGGGGCGAUCUUUCAGUUUUACCGCGAGGACAGCGGAAACGAUCUCGCGGUAACGUGAAAGAGAACGAGAACAAACGGAACGAGCGGUAGUGACAGCAUUAUGCCAACGAGCGGCGUGUUCCCGCGGGUGCUUCACGAAGGGUCGCGAAUAGAGAGCGAUCGUUCGGAUCGGAUGGUGGUGGGCAGGUCGCAGGUGUCGGGGGCGGAGCGGCGCGUGAAUUAGAUCGAGAGAUGUGCGCGAAGUGAAAGAUGGUCCCGUUCCACGGCAUGGCCCUGCUGCUCCUGGGAAUCGGAUACCUGUUACACGCGGAACCACUUCACAGCGAACGCGGCAUCGCGCUUUUUCAUCUCUACGACGACACGUUCGGCAAAGGGGAAAAGUCGCAGCGCGGCACAAAGAAGACCUAUUUUUUCAAAGACACGCCGCAAAAAUUAACGGUGGCCAUAGGGCAGACCGCCGUCCUGUUAUGCCGCGUUAAAAACCUAGGAAACAGAACUGUGUCUUGGAUCCGAAAAAGGGACCUACACAUCCUGACGUCCAUGUCGGUGACUUACACGAGCGACGCGAGAUUUACGGUAGUCGGCAAUCCGGAGACCGACGACUGGAAUCUGCGAAUAGAUUACGUGCAACCGCGGGACGCCGGCAUUUACGAGUGUCAGGUUAAUACAGAACCGAAGAUAUAUAGAGCCGUGGCACUGAAGGUUUUGGAUAUACAGGCGAGGAUCACGGGUUCCCAGGAGUUAUACAUCAGGAAGGGCAGCACAAUCAGCCUGACCUGCAUCAUUGAACUGCAGGAUCUGCCCCCGAGCAACGUGACCUGGUAUCACGCCGGUGCGGUGAUCGAUUUCGACGGUCCAAGGGGUGGCGUAUCGCUGGAAACGGAGAAGGGUAAGCGUGGUACCACCAGCAAGCUCCUAAUAACGCGUGCUCAACUUGACGAUAGCGGUAAUUAUACAUGCGCUUCAAGUAAAGUCACCCCGGCGAGCGUCAUGGUGCACGUGCUAAACGGUGAGCAUCCCGCUGCGAUGCAGCACGGCGGCACCGGUGAUGUAAAUAGGAGACUCGUCCUGCUCGUCGUGAUUUUCCUCGUCGAUGCGAUGUUCCGGUGAGCGACACGCCACCGACCCCCCCCCCCUUGCGAAUUCUUCCCCCCCUCCCCCUCCCACCUCGAAUUCGGCAUCCCCCGAGGCAUCCGCCGCACGGAUCGAUGCACGCUUCGAUGGAGAUGGAUCGACGAUACCAUGUGUCCGGCAUAUGAUUUGCAAUGAAGCCGAAUUGUCCUUUCUUUUUCCCUGUCGCGUGGACGUUUCCGCGCAUUAACGCUAAUUCAGAAUCACUUGUUUGCCGACGAUCGGCUCCUCGGACUCUAAUAAUGAUCGCUCAAGUACCCCUACUGCCCCGAGAUGUUAAGUACGAAUGUAACGUGUAUGUAAUGUAAUAAAUCUUUUUGGAGUUACACGA